AUGGCCUCCAACGACCCAAAGCCAUCAAAACGACGAGCCGGCCGCCACCGCCUCCCACCGCUCGCACAAGGCCCUGCCCUCCAGUUCAUCGUUGCAAACCAUCCAGACGACUUUCGAGACACUGCAGUCCUGAGAAAUGUACGGUCACACGUCAUGUACAAGCAUCAAGAGAACCGAGCAUCUUCGCCUACAACCUCGAUCCGAAGCCGAGAAGGCAGCAAUGGGCCAGGUGCUCUGACACGAACCCCCAGCCCAGCCACGACCGACUCCUUUGGCUUACUGCAAUCCGCUGCACUCCUCACGCCCACGUCGAAGAAGAGCGAUGAAUCUUCCCUGAGCCAGCAUGCUUUUGAUUCCUACUCACCCUCGUCUCCCACAGAUCCUUUGCGAAACCUUGCGGCACGAAUUCUGUCUGCGACAAACCCAACAUGCACGCACAGCGCACCUCCAGCUUGUCAGGAAGCCUCGGAAUACCCGUUUCAUCGAAAUGAUAUGGCCGAAAACGAGCUCUUGAAUGUAAUGAAGCGUGAAUGGAUCCGCACUACCGUCUUCUUUUGCCAUGAUCAAGCAUGGAUGCGAUACAUCUGCGACAACAAUCUAUCCUUCCUCAGCCAUGUCUAUGCUACCUUGGUCUAUCAAGAUAUUGACGAAGGCCUGCUGUAUGACAGUGGCCUCACCGUGUUGGCCAAAACCAAGCUUCUCAGACUCAUCAGCAACCGCCUUGACACGGACAAUGCCACGGUCGUCUGCAUACUGCACCUCCUCAUCAGCGAGAUUGGUGGUGUCGAUGAGGCCGUUUUCAACGUGCACCAGGAUGGUCUGGCAACGUGCCUGAGAAGUCAACGAGACGGGCUAAACCCUAGUGUGGCCAGGUUCAUGACCUUGGUCAUGCUGACUUUGGCCAUCUCGAAGAAUCAGACAGAGUCGGCAGAGUUCACCCCAUGGUUUCCUGCUGGAACAGGAUCCGGCAAUGGCGUCCCCAUCUCGCCACUCUCAUCUCCUCUCGAGCACACCUCGCAGCUAUAUCGUGUCUGUUCUGUUGGAAUAGCCGGCAUCAUCUUGGAGAUUCAAAACUGCACAGAUAUAUUCCUAGCGCGCUGGAAUCGCGCCAGUGACGGACACGGAAUCUCAAGUGGACAGCUGGCCAAUUGCGACUCUCAGCUCCAGGCCAUCUACUCGCGCCUUUUGUUAUUGCCGUCGACUGAAAGCGACAUUACCCCGGAUUGGAUCUACGAGAGCUGCCGUAUCGCUGCCCUGAUCUACUGCCGGACCAUGGUGCACGGAACCAGUCUCGUAGACUCGGGGAAUGUUGUACACGCAGCCACUGCCAGCUCAAGAAGUUCCACGUUACUAUCAGCCCUUCACAAUGCUCUUGAGAAGACGGACACGCGCAGCUGCUGGGGCGACGAUUUAUCUGGAGUUUUCUUAUGGGUCACACUCAUAGGCGCGGCGGCAUCAUGGUCAUCGAUCCGCCGUUUACCAGAGGAGAAUCCACAGACAGCUACCUGGGUGGCCAAAUGCUUUGCUCUGUAUUCAGUAAGGGCUGCGGUGUCAGUCCCUUUUGACUACAUCGACGCCACUAUACACGCGUUGCGCAAGUUUCUCAAGAUUCGAGCCUGGGUUGCUGUCAAGGCUGGUUUGCUGGCUGGUGUGCAGUAG